CCCCGUGCGUCGCGUCGCGGCGCUCACUGGGGGCCCGGCUUUCGCCCGCUGCUGCCGCCGCCGCCGCCGGCCGCGGCUGCUCUCCCAAGAUGGCGGCUCCUCCGGGCGAGUACUUCAGUGUUGGGAGCCAGGUGUCCUGCCGGACGUGCCAGGAGCAGCAGCUGCAGGGCGAGGUGGUAGCCUUCGACUACCAAUCCAAAAUGCUGGCUUUAAAAUGUCCCUCUUCCAGUAGAAAGCCCAACCAUGCAGACAUCUUGCUCAUAAACUUACAAUAUGUUUCAGAAGUGGAAAUAAUUAAUGACCGAACAGAAACCCCUCCUCCCCUAGCUUCACUCAAUGUCAGUAAGCUUGCCAGCAAAGCCCGGACGGAGAAGGAGGAGAAGCUGAGCCAGGCCUAUGCAAUCAGUGCUGGAGUCUCCCUAGAAGGCCAGCAGCUCUUCCAGACCAUCCACAAGACCAUUAAAGACUGUAAAUGGCAAGAAAAAAACAUCGUAGUCAUGGAAGAAGUUGUUAUUACACCCCCAUAUCAAGUGGAAAACUGUAAAGGCAAAGAGGGGAGUGCACUGAGCCAUGUACGCAAAAUAGUUGAAAAACAUUUUAGAGAUGUGGAAAGCCAAAAGAUACUGCAACGUACACAAGCCCAGCAACCACAGAAGGAGGCUGCCCUCUCAUCCUGAGUCCACACACCAGAGGACUCUUCCAACAUCAGCCAAGGAGGCGGCGGUGGUGGCUUCAGCGGAGGCAGGCCGGGGGAGGGAAGGGAUCCUAUAUUUCCUGUUGGCUCUUGUUAACAAAGGGUCAGCGUUUCCAAAUCUUAGACUUGAACAAAGAAAACACCCAACAAAAAAAGAACAAGAGAAUAAUUUAAGAGUUGAAUCAUUACUUGACUAACAGACUUCGGUCCACCAUGUCCUUUUCACAGCCCUCUUCUGGAACAGUCACCUUGUUAAUUUUAUUUUUGAAAAGUCCUUUCCUGCUCUGUCCUUUCAUUUCUGACUUUCCUUUUCUAGUCUGUCCCUGCCAUUCUGUUUUUAUAAGUGGCUUCACUUACCUUCUGAGUGAUUAAAAGGAACUUUUACAUCUUUUCCUCCAAAAUAAAAGUAACAAGCUGACUGUGAUUCUUAAGUUGAGACCAGAGCAGAAGACAGAGGUCUCACUUUAAAUUUUUGUCCCUUCUUUUUUUUUUUUUUUUUUUUCUUUUUUUUUUUUUUUUUUUUUUUUUUUUUUUUACGCAGGGCAUGGCUUGAAUUUUUUUUAUUUUUCUUAACUUUAAAUAUAUAUAUGAAAAUAUAUAUUAAAAUGUUCUCUAAAUAUUUUCUGCUUCUUGCAGGUCUCUUUACUAGAUCAUGGCCGCUCUUUCCGGUUUAUCCCUCUAAAAUUACAAAUGCAUUACCCUCCCCACCACCCACAGCCAGGCAACUCACCUGACUUAGUUCAUAGCAGGAAU